ACAGUCCAAAUGCAUGGUAGACCAUACCAUCCUCAAAGUCAGGGCAGAGUGGAGCGUUUUAAUCGUACACUGACUGAGUAUUUCAGAAUCAAAAUGUCAGAACGUUCAAACUGGUCCGAUCAACUUCCUGAGUUUUAUUAUGCAUAUAAUAACAGACUAAACAAGGCCACACGUCCAAAGACUCCAUACCAGCUGUUUUUUACUAGACCAAAUUUUGCUGUGCCGCUUGAUGAUCAGGUACCUUAUGCCUCUCUUACUAAAGAAGAACGAGACUUUUUAAAGCAUGCCGAGUUAGAUGUUGAUGAACAUGAGUCAGAGGAAGAACUCCCAGAAGAAAUUAUUGAUAUACGACACUCAUCCUUAACUGAGGCUUCAUAUGGAAACCAAAUCGCCAGUACACAUCAUAAUGAAGAAGAACUCACUUUACAUGAGGCGAUGAACAUUCUAGACGAUGGCGUAAAUGAAGAAAAUGGCAAUUUACCACCAGAUUGUACACAUGAAGAUGAUUUUGUAGUGCCCGAACCAUCAUUUUCACAAACUGCUGUUUUGCAAGAAAAUGUUAGUCCAUACUACAAACAAAUGUAUCAGAGAAAGUUUUAUAAUGAGCAAAAUAAAGAAAAUUUACCAGUUCAUCAACAGAAUGUGAAUCAAAAACAGUUACCGGUAUUUAACACGGGACUCAGAUUUCUAUAGACAAAUUCACCGGGAAACUCUGUCAGCUUUUCCACUAGAGCAGUUUUCCGAUGGUUUGAGGGAAGACAUUGCCUACUAUCCGGAAGAGGGACAACAUGUGAUGUACAGGCCAAAUCCUGCGAUGAAUAAAGGCACCGCAGUUUUUAGUUCCGGAUAUUUUAGGAAAGGGGUCAUAGACUCAAUUUCAGCUUCUACUGCUGGAAAAGUGUAUAGAGUGACAGAUCAAAUUACAGGAUACAAAUUUGAUUUAAAUCGCAAUCAAAUUAGAAAAAUGUGAUCAGCUGGAAAUAAAUAUCAUGUAAAGAGUCAAAGUGUUUAUUUUUUUGUACAAACAGAGUCUGCUUUCUUGUUGUUUAAUGACUUACUAUUCGGUUAAAUGUAUCGGUUAAACAUGACAAUUCAAAGAGUAUAAAAUGCUUAUAUUUACUGGACACAUUAUUUCAAGAUCAUGAAGUCUUUCUCAGGCUUUUUCAAUUUUACC